CCUGGGUAGGGGAUGCGUCAGGGGGAGACAGGGGAAGAGGAAGUGUUUUGGGUCCCGGGGAAGACCGGCUUGUCGUGGUGGGUGGGGACCAGUCAUUGCUUCUGGACACACAGAGACAGACAGGAUGGAUUUCCUCCGGCUACAUCUCCCUGGGCUGCAUCAGGCCUUGAGGGGAGCAUUGGAUUCCUUCAGCACCUUUGUCUCCUACCUUAUAGGAGAUGAGGUCCCCACUGCAGAGAGGAGGGAGGCGCACACAGCUGAGGAACUGAGGGAGGUGGCUGCAGGAAGGCCGAGGAGGACUGUAGAGGAGGAAGCCCAGGAGGCCCUGGAGGGCCUUGGAGACAGCCAAAGCAAGGGGAAUGGAGAACUGAGAGAGCCCGGGGAAGCUAGCAGCUGCCAGGAGGGAAGCUCAGCUACAGAACAGACCUGGGCUUGGGGAGAAGGCAGCUCCCGUGGGUCUCAAGCAGAGAGGCAGGACACAGGGGUCUGGGAGGUAGCGAAGGCCUCCAGGUGCCAGGAGCCAAGUGCCCCUGUGGAGGCCAGAAAGGAGUCACGGGCGGGGUCCGAGACUGGUGGAACUAGGAACAGCCAAGCCCAGGAGAGUCAGGAGCAUAAUGAGCAGGAAGUGAACAGAAAGGAGACACUGAGAACCUGGGAACAAGAGGAGGAGGAGGAGGAAGAGGUCAGGGCAAGAGAGCCAGUGGGGGCUGGAGGGGUGGAGUCAGAGUGGACCUGGCACAAGGAGCCUGAGAGGAAGGCCCAUGCCGACUGGCAGAAGGUGGCGGGGAUUGGCAGGGAAUUAGAAACAGCAACCAAGGAGGCAGUGGCAGAGGAGACCCAGGAGCCUGGGGUUAAAGAGCCUGGGAGGGAAGAAGAGGUGGUGGUCGUGGUGAGAGAUGGCCAAAGCACCACGGCACAGGGGACACAGGAGCCAGGGGAAGAAUCUGAGGGUGGGGCAACCUUGGGCAGAGAGGAGGCCAGAACAACCUCAGAUGAAGAGGAGGCUUGGACAAUCUCAGUCGAGGAGGAGGCCUGGACAACGUCAGGCAGGGAGGAGGCUGGGACAACCUCAUGCAGGGAGGAGGCCAGAACAACCUCAGAUGAAGAGGCGGCUUGGACAAUGUCAGGCAGGGAGGAGGCUGAGACAACCUCAUACAGGGAGGAGGCCAGAACAACCUCAGAUGAAGAGGCUUGGACAAUGUCAGGCAGGGAGGAGGCUGGGACAACCUCAGGUGGGGAAGAGGCUGGGACAAUGUCAAAUGAAGAGGAGGCUGAGACAACCUCAGGCAGGGAGAAGGCUGACCUCCCAGGAGUCGGGGAGCUAGAAUGUGGGGCAGUCCCAGGAGAUAGGAUCCCAGAGGGUACUGGGAGAGUCUGGGCCCUAGAGAAGGCCUCCAAGGGAGACCAGGAGAAUGAGGUAGAUGAAAAGAGAGAGGCUGAAGUGAGCCUGUUCCUGAAACAAACCCAGGCCCUGGAAACUGAGGGAGUGGAAGAAGCAGCUAAGGACCAGACAGCAGGGAGGGAGGAUGCAGGAGGCCAGCGGUCAGAAGGGGAGGUAGGGGUGGGCCUUGAGAGUCAGGCAGACCAAGGUGGGAAAGAGGCCAAGGAAAGACCAGACACAGAGAUCAGGGCUGCCCAAGCCAGCUUGGAGGAGGUGUUGCAGCCACAGGAGGCCAAGGAGGAAAAACAGAGUUGCCCGGCUGUAGAGGGUGAGCUGCCCCCAGACAAAGUGGCAAACGAGGCUGAGGGUGAGGCUGUCUUGGAAGCCACCCCAGAGGACAGACCUGAGAAGGAGUUCAGGGAGAAGAGGAGUGAGGAGGAAGCUCAGAUAGGUCGAGAAGCAUUGGGGGUAGAGCGUGGUGGCCUGGAGCACAGGGUCACUGAAGCCCAGGAACUUGAGCUGAGGGGUGGCCCCCAGAUCCCAACAGAGCAACCUGAGGAGGGACAGAGGAGUAAGGAAGAGCCCUGGGACAGUCCACCCCUGAGCAAAGAGGGCACAGAAAGGAGCCUGGAGGAAUAUCCCGGGAACAUGGAGCAUGGAAAGCUUGAGAGCUCUGAGGCAGAAGCCUGGGAAAGCUGGAGGAGGAGGGAUGUAGAGAGAAGGGAUACCCAGGAGGAAGAAGUAGGUACUGAAGAAAGGGAGGAAGCGGCUGCAGGAGGCCCAGGGUCUGCACUCCCGGAGGUCCUGGAGGUAGAAAGAGAAGGGGAGAAAGCAAAGGAAGGAGGUGGUGGAGCAGAGAGCCCGGAGCUGGGGGGAAAGCACAGGGCAGAGGCAGGGGCAGGCCAGUCACUGGAAGAGCCAGAUGCCAGAAAAACUCAGGAUGAGGAGGUGGAGGCUGCAGGGCCCUGGGAGGCAGACAGCACAUCCGGGGGAGGCUGGAGGCUGGAGGGGGCGGCUCUGAGCCUCCAGGACAGGGAGGACACAUGGGCCAGUUCUUUGGCUGCCGAGAUUGUGGAAGAUAAGGCAGCUUCCGAUGGAAGGGCUGCUGGGACUGGGGAAGAGCCCAAAAGAGGGGCUGGGGAAGCUUGGGACGGGGCAUUUGGGAGAGGCUGUGACUUAGAAGGGAGAGAAGAAACUGGUAGAGGUAAGGAGCUGGUAGAGGCUGCAGAGGGAGAGAACAGAGGUGGGAAGGAGUUUGGCCUGGAGAGUUCAGCAGAGGAGGAGGUUACUGGCAGAGAUGGCCAAGCAGAGGCUUUUGAGGCCAGGGAGCGUGAGCCGGGUGGAGAGUGGACAGAGGCUGGGGAAUCCGCAGUGGCAGAAGGAAGCUGGGGAAUAGAUGGCUUUACCUCAGGCUCCCAGGCGGCGAGGGCAGAGGGGACCAUGGCCAUAGUGGAGGCUGAAGGGCUCCCAGGAGCGCAGACGCUGGUGGCAAAAGAGGCUGAGGUAUGGCAGACGAGGGGACAGGGGCAAGGCAGCGAGGGGCAGCGUGGGGACCAUGACCCUGAGGAAGAGGCACACAUGCCCUGUGAUGCGGAGAAUGUCGAGCUGACUGGACGCAAGAGGGAGGAGGCCAACGAGAUUGAUCCAGAAGGCCUGGAGGACGCCCAAAGCCAGGAGGACCAGUCCACAAACCAGGACCCUGCAGAGGCUGAGCCUGAGCUGCAUGGAGAGGCUGCAGGAAGUGCUGAUGAGGAUGCUCACGGCAUCUGGAAUGAGGCCCUGAUUCCUGGGUCUCGCCUGGACCUCUCGGUCCCUCGGAGCCGUAUCCUCCUGUCUCGCAGCUCCUCACAGCGUCGCUCCCGGCCCUCUUUCCGACGGACCCCCACCCCCGAGCAGCAGGCCGAGCCUCCCAGCCCCCCACCAGAGGAAGGGCUGUCAGCCCUCAGGCAGACACUUCUCCAGUCAGAGGACCCUCCAGAGCCAAGCCCCCCCAGGCCUGACGGCACCCCAGUGCCAGCCAGGAAAAGACCCCCAGGCUAUGGGUUUGGCCUCGCACACCCCGGCAUGAUGCAGGAGCUGCAAGCCAGGCUGGGCCGGCCAAAGCCCCAGUGAUGGCGCCGAGACCUGGAAGCCAGGCCCCGCGUGAGGCUCAGAGUGCUCGGUGGAACCUGGCUCGCCCUGACCCCCUCAGCAAUUUUGGAGGCACCCUUUCCACCCUGUGGGCCUUAGUUUCUUAGUGUUUCAUUCACGGGCAGACAGAACUAGACACCUUCAAGAACCAUGAGCUUAAGGAGUCUGAGGUGCGGCUCAUGGACCACCUGCCCCACUGGGACCACCCCUCAUGGCCUGUCCUGACCACCUUCCCAACCUGUCUCCAGAGGACUGAGAGGGGACAGAGCCAGUCCCCGCCCCCCAGCCUUCUUUCUCUGACUACCCCUGCUCCCCACCCUGCCCCCCAAAUCCCUCCCCAAACCCUCAGAAGGCUGUGUAGGGGUAACACAAACCUCUGGGGUGGGAGUCAGCCCUGAGAAAAGGGGGCAGGAGGGCCUGUGGAGCUCCAUUUGCAAUCGCAGAUUGACAGGAAGCAGACCCGCCACCUUGAACUUCCAAAAUAGGAGCUCAGCCUCGGAACUCUGCCGGUUACUAUGGCCAACAACAACUGAGCAAGCCAACAUUGGGGAUGGUGGGCCAGGAACCCCAACAAUGGAGGAACAGAGGGGUCCGGGGUGACCAGAGGCUGCAGAGUCCAUUUCAGACACCCCUUCUCUGAAAAGAAGCUGAGGCACAGAGAGGGGGAGAGUGCUUUAUUAGGCACCCAGCAUGGCGGCCUCACCCAAGGACAACCAGCAGGCCCUGAAACAAUAAAUAAACCAUCAUUUCCCUAAACAAUAAAUAAAUAUCCAAGAAAUAAAUAUCCAGCUGAAA